AUGAGUAAGAUAGCAUCCUUACUUCGGGGGGGCUUCUGCCUAGAGGGGCUACGUAAAAACGGCCCUGGAGCCCGGAACAUCUUAUCGGCGUGUCAGUGCUUUGGAAACCGUGAUCCUCGAGGACGGGAGAAGGCGAGAGGCGUGAGGAACAUUAGAGGUUUCGUCACCCGCGGGUCGUUCCACCUCAACUUUCCGUCAGACGUCCGGCUGCCUCCGAGACCUCGUCGCUCCCGCGCGCCCACGGCGGACGGAGCGGCACGGCGCAGGCCAACCUGCUCGGUGGGUGCGUGCGCCCCGCGCUCAGCCCCGCCCCCUCGAGGCCACACCCGCCCGGGAGGCGUGGGAACGGGCAGGGGGCGGCGCUGCGCUUGGGGUGCCGCCGGGCUUAUAGGUCACCCGGAAGGCGCGCGCAGCCUGCGGCCGCCGCACGGAACGAGCCCUCGCCGGGACCCCAGCUGCCGCGCUCCUCCCCGCGGGCCCCCGGGCGUCCGGCGCCGGCGCAGCGGCCUGUUCGCGCUCGCCGAGCCUCUCGCGGCCGCUGCCGUGCGGCCUCCGUCGCUUCCGGUUGUUACCCGACCACCGGCUAUGGCCGCCGCCGGGGGCGCCCGGCUCCUGCGCGCCGCGUCCGCGGCUCUAGGCGGCGCGGCCCGCCGUUGGCAGGUCGUCGCCGGACCCCGCGCGGCACCGGGCCGGGGCGGCGGCGCGGGGGGGCUGGCCCGGACGCUGAGCGUGUCGGCGCCGGCGCGGAGCAGCUCAGAAGAUAAAAUAACAGUCCACUUUGUAAACCGUGACGGUGAGACAUUAACAGCCAAAGGAAAAGUUGGUGACUCUCUACUAGAUGUUGUGAUUGAAAAUAACCUAGAUAUUGAUGGUUUUGGUGAGUAUGGAACAUUCCUUAAAAUUUAUAAGUGAGACCAUUAAAUAGGAACUUUUGGGGGGUUUUUUGCAGAAUUUUAACCUUUAGCAUGCUAAG